UCAAGUUCAAGUUCAAGUUCAAGUUCAAGUUCAAGUUCAAAUUCAAGUUCAAAUUCAAGUUCAAAUUCAAGUCCAAGUUCAAGUUCAAAUAAUUCAAGUCCAAGUUCAAGUUCAAAUUCAAGUUCAAGUUCAAGUCCAAGUUCAAGUUCAAGUUCAAGUUCAAGUUCAAAU